GUUUGUGAAUCUUAUCUCAGAGAGGAAGACAAAGUUUGCCAAGGUUCCCCUCAAGUACCUGGCUCAAGAGGUGAACAUUCCAGACUGGAUUGUUGAACUUCGCCAUGAGUUGACCCACAAGAAAAUGCCCCAUAUAAAUGACUGCCGUAGAGGCUGCUACUUUGUCUUGGAUUGGCUCCAGAAGACCUACUGGUGCCGCCAAAUGGAAAACAGCCUGAGAGACAGCUGGGAGUUAGAGGACAAGGAAGAGACAGAUGAAGAUCAAGAUAAGAAUGUAGUUGUUGAUAAUAUCACAGAACAGCAACCAGAGCCUCAGACCGAUGGAAAAGGUGCAGAAUUGGAUGUCGGGGCUGACAUAGAAGACAAAGUCAGCCAAGAAGUGGAGUCUCAUUUGAAAAAGGUUCUGAAACAAAAAGAGCUGUAUGAAAGAGCCCGAGAUCUGCUGGUAUCAUAUGAAGAGGAGCAGUUUAAGGUGUUGGAGAAAUUUAGGCAUUUACCUCAGGCCAUUAAGGCAUGGAAUAACCUGUCCCCACGUGUGGAAAGCAUCAUGGCAGAGCUCAAGGGCAUUACAUGGGAGAACAGGGAGGCUGUGCUGGAUGCUUUUUUAGAUGAUGGCUUCCUCAUCCCCACAUUUGAACAAUUGGCAGCUUUGCAAAUUGAGUAUGAAGAAAAUGUGGACUUGAAUGACAUCCUGGUGCCAAGGCCGUUCUGUCAGUUCUGGCAGCCUCUGCUCAGGGGCAUGCACUCCCAGACCUUCACGCAGGCACUGCUGGACAGGUUGUUCUCUGAGCUGCCAGCCUUGGGCAACAGUGGGAUCCGGCCCACCUACAUCCUCAGAUGGACUGUUGAACUGAUUGUGGCCAACACCAAGCUGGGACGGGAUGCUCGCCAAUUUUCCGCGAGCCAAUGGGAAUCAAGAAAGAACUGGAGACUGUUCAACUGCUCUGCCAAUCUUGACUGGCCCCGGGUGGUUGAGUCUUGCUUAGGCUCACCUUGCUGGGCUAGCUGCCAGCUCCUUCAGCUCGUCUUCAAAGCCAUGGGGCAGGUCCUACCACAAGGGGAACAGGAGAAGCUGCUGCGCCUCUGUUCCAUUUAUACCCAGAACGGAGAAGAUAGCCUGGAGCUGGAGGGCUUUGAGCCCUCCCCCAUUGGGAAGUCUCCGUACACCCUGGAUAGCCUGCAGUCCAUCCUCAAACCAGCUGGCUCCAACUGUGGGGCUGAAGGAAAGGCCCAGCAGCAGGAGGAGAAGGACAGCCUUACUGAUGUCAAAGAGGAAGAGAAGGAGGAGGACAAAGGCUUGCAAGACCAGGUAGAAGAGGGGGAAGAGAAAGAAGAAGAAAUGGAGGAAGAGGAAGAAGAAGGGGAAAAUGACCAGGAGGAGGAAGCAGAGGAGGGUGAAAGUGAUGAAGAUGAUGAAGAUGACGAAGAGGAGGAGGACGAAGAGGAGGAGGAAGGAAUGGAAGUGGCACCUUACACUAUAUUGCAGGAAUCUCCCGGUUUCGAGUUUGCCAAUUUCAUGGCCCACAAAAGAGGAGCUUUGCAAGGCUCUUCAUGGCAAGUUAGCUCAGAGGAUGUACGAUGGGAAAAAUUCCCUAUAGGCCGAGUGCCAGGUCAGACUGAAGACCCGGCUGAGCUGCUGCUGGAUAAAUAUGACACCAUGUAUCUCUUGGAGCAGCCUGUGCUAGAGCAGCGGGUGGAACCCCCGAAGUGCAAGAGUGGCAUCUUGAACAUGAACUGUGAUGUCGGCAGUAGCAACUGCAGCAGUGGCAAGUGCGAGCGCCUUUACUGGAACCAGGCACAGAUGCACAGGAUCAAAACUGGUGUGCAACUCUUCUGAUGCCUGUCCUGGUGCAAGUGAUCAUCCAGCUCUGCCAGGACAACAGCCCACUCCCCCGUCCACUGCACCCUGUGCUCCGUGAGACAACCUGAGUGAGAGCUCGGUUCAGUAACAACAACUCAACUUUCCAGUGGGAUUUUGAGUAUGGUUUGAGUUUUUUGUUUUUUUUUUUUUGUUUCGUUUUGUUUUGUUUUAGAAAACAAUAAACAGGCAACUGUUGUUUUGA